GUAGUAGUAGUAAGUAGUAACCCUCUUCAAUGGAACCGCAUGUUCUCAGUUACAACAAUAAUGGCAAUGGCAACUGCAAUGGUGACUUUGAUAUCAUUGCUUGGUUUGAAGACUUGUCCAAGAACGCUGCUUCUGUUCAGAUUCAGACAUUGUGCCGGAUUUUGAAGCUGAAUCAUGGGGUGGAAUACCUGAAGAAAUGGUUGGGGAGCUACAAUAUCCCUGAGAUGGAUGCAUGUGCAUUGGAAUCUCUUUUUACUUCUGCUGUUCCCCUUGCUUCACAUGCAGAUUUUGAGCCAUAUAUCGAAAAAAUUGCAGAUGGAGACACAGGUCCUUUACUCACGCAACAACCCAUAACCACUCUUUCCUUAAGUUCUGGAACCACAGAGGGAAGGCAAAAAUUCGUACCCUUUACCCGCCAUAGUGCUCAAACUACCCUUCAAACUUUCACUUUAGCAGCAGCCUAUAGAUCAAGGGUUUAUCCCACAAGGGAAGGAGGAAGGAUUCUUGAAUUCAUAUAUAGUAGCAAGCAAUUCAAAACAAAAGGAGGCUUAACAGUUGGAACAGCCACAACACACUACUAUGCAAGUGAAGAAUUCAAAACUAAACAAGAGAAAACUAAAUCAUUCACUUGCAGUCCCUACGAAGUUAUUUCUGGUGGGGACUAUGCACAAUCCACGUACUGUCACCUCCUUCUAGGCCUCUUCUUCUCUGACCAUGUGGAGUUUAUUUCCUCAGCUUUUGUCUACGGCAUAGUGCAAGCGUUUCGCAGCUUCGAAGAAAUUUGGAGAGACAUUUGCAAUGACAUUAGAGAUGGUACUUUGAGUUCAAGAAUCGAGUUACCCAAAAUGAGAGAGGCUGUUCUGAAAAUCAUAUCUUCAAACCCUUCUUUGGCUUCAAAAUUAGAAGCAGCUUGCCAGGAGCUCGAAUUGGUGGAAUGGUUUGGUUUGGUUCCCAAACUUUGGCCUAAUGCUAAGUUCAUAUAUUCCAUUAUGACUGGUUCUAUGCAACCCUAUUUGAAAAAACUUAGGCAUUAUGCAAAUGGGUUGCCACUAGUAAGUGCUGACUAUGGUUCAACUGAGAGUUGGAUUGGGGUUAAUGUGGAUCCUAGUUUGCCUCCGGAGAAAGUAACGUUUGCUGUAGUUCCCACGUUCUCUUAUUUUGAGUUCAUACCACUUUACAGACAGAAACAAGAUUGUUGUUCAGCUGUUUCCGAUGAUUUCAUGGAAGACAAGCCAAUCCCACUAUCCCAAGUUAAAGUCGGACAAGAGUACGAAAUAUUGCUAACAACUUUCACCGGGCUGUAUAGGUGCAGACUAGGAGAUGUGGUGGAAGUGGCUGGUUUUCACAAUGGGACCCCAAAAUUGAACUUUAUAUGCAGAAGAAAACUAAUUCUAACUGUUAAUAUAGACAAGAAUACAGAGAAAGACCUUCAAAUAGUGGUAGAGAAAGGGUCACAGCUGCUAAACAAGGCCAAAGCUGAGCUUGUUGAUUUUACUAGCCAUGCAGAUGUGUCAAACCAACCAGGAUGCUAUGUCAUUUUCUGGGAGAUCAAAGGAGAAGCUGAGGAGAAGGUACUUGAGGAAUGCUGCAGGGAAAUGGAUGCAGCUUUUGUUGACCAUGGCUAUGUGGUAGCAAGGAAAACCAGUUCCAUAGGGCCAUUGAAGCUUUGCAUUGUAGAGAGAGGAACUUUCAAGAAGAUUUUGGAUUAUUUCGUAGCAAAUGGUGCAGCACUGGGCCAGUUCAAGACCCCUAGGUGCACUAACAACCCGGUCCUCCUCAAAAUUCUUAGUGCAUGCACCAUCAAAACGUUUCGCAGCACUGCUUACAGUUCAAUCCAAUCAUGAUGCAUCAUUGUUGGUUUUCUUAUUUUCAGAAUUUUCAUUUCGUUUUCAAUUUAUGAACAAGAACGAAGUAAUUAAGUUCAGGGCAGGUUACUUGGUAAAACAUCUUUAAAAGGUAUUUAAAAAAACUUAUAAAAAUGGUUUAUAUCCUUCUUUAGUUAUAAUAUUUUUAAACUUAUUUUAAAAAGUAUAAGAAAACUUAUUAAAAUAAGUCUUUUUAACUUGCUUUUUAUAAACUUUCAUUUAACAAAAACUUACUAUGUACAAACAUGUUCUUAAUUUGUU